ACCUAAUCUUUGGGAGCAAAUUUCAAAUUUCAAAACAAACUUUGCCUUGUUGUCACUUGUCAGUCAGGUUAGUUAACCGUGAGAACAUAUGAAAAAUAAUCUAGCUCGCUAAUUUAACUGUAUGUAUGCCUUUUUUUGUUUUGUUUUUAAAUUAGACUUACUCUCAGGAUGUGUGACAUCUGUAACAUUUCAACGGUACAUUCCUACGUUAGCUGUAUGACUAAUUAGCUAGUAGUAGUACUGUCGCUGCUUGGUGUCAACAAUGGAUGCGGGUGAGGUGCAAAAUGAGGGCAACGCUUCAUGUGCAGAUGGGAAGGUGUCCAAUAUUGUUAAGACAGCCUCAAUCGAAGACUUCGUUGUCUUGAAGCCCAUCAGCCGUGGUGCCUUUGGAAAGGUUUACCUAGCACGGAAGAAAUGCAAUGCACGGUUAUAUGCUAUCAAGGUGAUGAAGAAAGCAGACAUGCGUGACAAAAAUAUGGCAGAUCAGCUGAAGGCAGAGAGAGACGCGUUGGCCCUCAGCAAAAGCCCUUUUGUUGUGCAACUGUACUACUGUCUUCAAACGGCAGCGAAAGUGUAUUUGGUGAUGGAGUACCUCAUUGGAGGGGAUGUGAAGUCACUUCUUCACAUCUACGGCUAUUUUGAUGAGGACAUGUCUGCUAAAUAUAUUUCAGAGGUGGCCCGCGCUCUGGACUACCUGCAUCGGCAUGGAAUCAUCCACAGGGACCUGAAGCCAGACAACAUGCUUGUAUCUAACGAAGGCCACAUCAAGCUUACGGAUUUUGGUCUCUCUAAAGUCAAGCUUGACAGAGAACUGAGUCUGUCUGAUAUCUUGACAACCCCUUCAUUGGCAAAGCCCACACAAGAUUAUUUCCGCACACCCGGUCAAGUCUUGUCUUUGAUUAGCUCUCUCGGACUUAACACACCAGGUGUGGAGAGUAAGCCUCGCUGCCGGUCCUCUGCCGUGUUCAGCCCCAUGUCGUGUGGUAAAAUCGAACAGCGGAAAAACUGCUCGCCGUUGAGGAGGCCGAAGGGACUCCUGGGUUCUCCUGUCUGCCACAGCCAGACUUUGGGACCCAACAGUUGUGUCUUUAGCCCGUUUUUGUUGGGUAAGAGCCUAACCCCCAGACUGCUGAAGUCCAGGAGGAGGUUUGAGACGACGAGUGCAGGCAGCAGCCAGUCAUGCCUCUUCCCCUCCACCACGGACUCUGAGGGAGGUGUCAGCCCAUUAUGGGAGGUGGAGCAGGACUUGGAGAACUUCCCAUACCCACAUGGUAGGAAUGCAAGCGAACGUAAGGGAGGAAAGGCGAUCUCUGAAAUGCGGAUUCAGCGCCGGGACUCCUCCCUGGCCACGUUGGACAACUUCGACCUAGAUGGGAAGCUCCGUCGCGUCUCCACUCAGAAGCCUGAAGUCUCUCAACCAAUCAGAUGCAAUGUUUCCAGAGGUGAACCACACUGCGCACCUGACGGGAAAUCAGUGGAAGGCCACCUUGCCGUAACGUCAACAGGAAAGAGAGGGUUUGAGGAGGUGGAAGAAAGCCCUGAGCAGCUGGAGUCACUUUCAAAGAAGACCGUUACACAAUAUCAGCGGUGUUAUGGUGUCCCAGAGAGGGCUAUGACCUACCACACUGGUCUGACUGGGGUGUUUGCCAACGUUCGUUUGAAGGAGUUUGGAUCAGAGCCUCAAGGUUCUGCUGACGGACAGAACCCCAAACGCUCCACUUCCACUGCUGUGGCCAAAAACCUCUUGUGUGAGUUGAAUGACGUUGCAGAAGGGGUCUUUGUCGAGGGGGCGUCUUUUGAGGAAGACCACGAACUCAGCAGGAGCCUGAGCUCGGACCCCGAUGGGUCUGCUAACGAGAUGUCCAUCCUUGCUAACAGCCCAAACGAAAGAAGCUCCACUCAAAGUGUCAAAGAAGGGCCUUUGGUGUUGAAAGAGCAUAAUGACAGUGGAAUACUGCCAGUUUCCCCACUGUCUGCUCAUUCACCUAAUGCAGGAACGGCAAACCUCAGCAGCGGGGUCACCCUGAGGGGAGUCUCCAAAAGCUCGUUCAUCGACCAAGUCCCCGAACUGGACCCGGGUGUGGCCAAGACACCCUCGUUCCUCAAGCCCAAGAACGUGGUGGCCUUCCGGAGCUUCUGCAGCUCCAUCAACCGCUCCAACAUGUCGUGGAGCUCACGCCUCAGCCUGGGAUCAGUGGAAGCCAUGGAUGUGACCUCUGUCUCGCAACAGAGCAUGCCCAUCGCCGUCACGCCGGUCCAGAAGAGACCCAGGUCAAGCGGCUCUCUCUGUCAGACCCCACAGCUGCCAGCCUCCCAUACUCCAUUCAGGACCCCUAAGAGUGUCAGGCGAGGUCGAGUGCCCGUCGAUGGUGUACCAAUUCUGGGCACCCCGGACUACCUAGCCCCAGAGCUGCUCCUGGGGAAACCACACGACUUCAGGGUGGACUGGUGGGCCCUGGGUGUGUGUCUGUUUGAGUUUCUCACCGGCGUGCCCCCGUUCAACGACGGAACUCCUCAGCUUGUCUUCCAGAACAUUCUGAACCGGGAUAUCCCCUGGCCUGGUGGUGAGGAGGAGCUGUCCCACAACUCCCGGGAUGCAAUAGAGAUUUUACUCACCAUGGACAUGAACAAACGGGCUGGCCUCAAAGAACUGAGGAGUCACGCUCUGUUCGCGGGAUUGGACUGGGAUAACCUGCAGAAUCAGACCAUGCCCUUCAUCCCCCAGCCAGAGGACGAAACGGACACGUCAUACUUUGACGCCAGGAACUCGGCCCAGCACCUUGUCAUGUCUGGGUUCAGUCUGUAGAACCAGCCAUGUCUUGGCAUGUUAUGCUGUCCCCCACCAUGUCAUCAUGGCAUUUACCCAGAACUGUUAUGUACACCAUGUGUUUCUCUCUUCAGAUCUGUUUUGUAUUUAUUGUUGAGGAAGAAAAAACAUGAAUGUAUACUAAGGAAAUGUAUUUCUGUGAUUGUGUCUUCCAACUUAACAGCACUAAUUAUAAAGCACACAGCAGCAUGGCAAGCUGCUCUCUUUGCACCUCCAUUUUUAAACUUCCACAAUGACUGCUCUUGUUCACUACAUCUGU